GCAUCUCUCUGUUCGUAACCGCCGCUGAAAAGACACGGGGCCGCCGCGCACGUUUUCGAUGGGGCGCCGAGAGCUGCGCCGUUCAGUGGGGAGCGCUCGCCGGCAGCGUGCUCAAGCGCGCUUCCAUAAAGCGCGGGUCGCGCCGCCUCGGGCGCCAAGCAGCCGCUCCGAUGAGCGGCGCCACGAGCGGGCGUCGCGCGGCGCCGGCGCAAGAUGGCGCUGAGGCUGACGUCACGCUGGGGCUCGAGCGUCGCCUAGGAGACCGUAAACUGGGUCCGGAGCGUCGAUUGGCGGCGGCUGUGCCCGUGCGAGCGCUCAUUAUCAUAGAGCUGCGGAAAGCCGCCUGCCCGGCUUCAGGGUGCUGUCGUCGCCUGUGCUCUACGGCGAGUCCAGCGGCGUGUGUUGCCCAGCGCCGCCCACCGCGGGAUCGCGCCCAGGAGCCCUGACCGCAGCUUGAGCCAUGGGCUGCGCUAUGAGUGCCGAGGAGCGGGCGGCGCUCGCCCGCAGCAAGCAGAUCGAGAAAAACCUCAAGGAGGACGGCAUCCAGGCCGCCAAAGACAUCAAGCUUCUGCUUCUCGGUGCGGGGGAGUCCGGCAAGAGCACCAUCGUCAAGCAAAUGAAGAUUAUCCAUGACAGUGGCUUCACGCAGGAAGACUUCAAGCAGUACAAACCAGUGGUGUACAGCAACACCAUACAGUCCAUGGUGGCCAUCCUCAGAGCCAUGCCAAACCUGGGAAUUAGCUUCGGAAACAACGAAAGAGAAGCGGACGCCAAGAUGGUUUUUGACGUCGUGGCGCGAAUGGAGGACACGGAACCCUUUUCUGAGGAACUGCUCAGCGCCAUGAAGAGGCUAUGGACAGACUCCGGGGUGCAAGAGUGUUUUGGGCGCUCCAACGAGUACCAGCUCAACGACUCCGCCAAGUACUUUUUGGACGACUUAGACCGUCUGGGAAAGAAAGAAUAUAUGCCAACAGAACAGGACAUUCUACGGACAAGAGUCAAAACGACGGGCAUCGUAGAGGUUCACUUUUCCUUUAAGAACUUAAAUUUCAAAUUGUUUGACGUGGGAGGACAACGGUCUGAACGGAAGAAGUGGAUCCACUGCUUUGAAGACGUCACUGCCAUAAUCUUCUGCGUAGCCAUGAGCGAAUAUGACCAAGUUCUUCACGAAGAUGAGACCACCAAUCGCAUGCAAGAGUCCCUAAAGCUAUUCGACUCCAUCUGCAACAAUAAAUGGUUCACCGACACAUCUAUAAUCCUUUUUCUCAACAAAAAAGACCUCUUCGAGGAGAAAAUCAAAAAGUCACCCCUCACCAUAUGUUUUCCAGAGUACACAGGUGCCCAGGAGUACGGGGAGGCGGCCGCCUACAUCCAGGCGCAGUUCGAAGCCAAGAACAAAUCCACCACCAAGGAGAUCUACUGCCACAUGACCUGUGCCACGGACACGACCAACAUCCAGUUUGUGUUCGACGCGGUCACGGAUGUCAUCAUUGCCAACAACCUGCGCGGCUGCGGACUCUACUGAGCGGCGGCGGCUCAGCCGAGGCCGCUGGUGCCUCCCGCGCGGCCGACCCGAACUGGAGGCCUGCUCACUCGACAGCAGCCAAGUUGCAUGUUGAUUUCCCUUCCCUUGCAUUUCGUGAUACUCCUGCCGCCACUUGGGCCGCGGACUAAGGACUCGUGAAUGUGUUUCUCCCCCUUUUUGCGCUGGUCGGGAAGGUAUGCAACCUUUUUGCUUUCUCCGCAAGGGGCCUCCCCGCCUUCUUUUUCCACUGUUGCUGUUGGUGGUGAUGUUGCCGAGGCUGUUCACUUCGCGGGCCACCCGCUGCCAGCGGCCGACACCACCCUCCCGCCGGCCCUCCCCCGAGACGAGGAGGACGACACCAACACCCGAGAGAGGGGGCGCGUGUGCCCGCUGCAGCAGCGCACACAGAUACACACCGGGACGAGAGAGGGAAGACGCAAAAAAGAGAAGCUCCUUGGGACAUUUUGGUCCGCGUUAUAUGUACACAUAUAUAUCCGUAUAGUUGCGUAUAUUUAUAUAUAUGUACAUAUAUAAGCGUAUAUGUAUGUAUAUAUAAACACAUAUAAAUAUGUAUGUGUGGCAACGGCCGAGGCACAAAGACAACAGCGUCGAAGGGGCGUCGGGGAGCCGCUCGCGGGCGGAUCGAGGCAGCAAGUUCUCCUUUUAUUUCCGCCAAGAUAGCCUAGUCGGGUAGACACACGAUAUCUUGCACCAGCGCUUCUCUGCCAACCUGGUUCAUGUUUGUCUGGGGUGGUGGAAGGGCGACGAGGAGACCCCAAAGUGAUGUAUUAUAUACUACAUAGGGACAAGGGGAGGGUAAAUUUUUCGUUUUUUAAAAGCACGGUUCUUUCCGAACGCCCUCGUAGCGCGCCGAGAACGCCGCCACUCGUCGUCGAAGGGCGAUCCCGCCUCGGGAGAGGUACGAACAAAACAACAAGGAAAAGGAACCAAAGACACAACAGCGAACAGCAACAACAGCUAAGUUUGGGCGCGCUCGCGGGUCCAGGGCAGCGCGGGGAAUUCCGUGGGUGGAGCGCGGAGGGCUCGGCUCCCCGUGCAUCGCGGUAACGAACCGCUGGGACGCGUCGAAGGGGCCGCCCCUCUCGCUGUAGGUUACGCGGAAAAGGUGAGACUAUAAAUAUAUACAUAAUUCUAUACUAUAAUAUGUGUACCGUGUGAGAGUGCAGGAAGCAAGCCUGUUUCAGUCCUGUUUUGAGAGUGCUUACUCAAUAAAAAGUGACGCGUGUUCUUUGACGCCCUCCCCCCAUCCAGCUCCCAUACCUGACGGCUAUGCGGAGAGGACUAGACCCCCACCCAAGAGGUGACAACAUUCUGCUUUCGCUGCUCCCUUGGUAUGCCUGCUGCUUUUCCGUCGCCGCCACGGGAGGCGAGCGCCCUCUUUUCCUUCGGUUCUCUUGGAAAGGACUCACCCUUUCGUCCGCGUAGUGAUUCAAAGUGGUUCAAGUUCAAAAACUAGCCCCACAAGCCAAUGAGAGCUGCCCGGCAGUCGGUGUCUGCUCCUGCGCGUGCUCCGUAGACGCACAUCCGAUUUUUUUUUUCUCGUUGCAAGUCUGCUCUACCGGGGUCCUCGCUUAGCCAUUCUCUCCCGCAUUCUUCUGUUGCACUCUGGCACCCGGAGAAGUGACGAUUGCUCAGGUACUGUACUCAACAUUAGCUGCCAGUGACGCGGCGGCGCCUGGACAUCCUCCAGAAGCCGCCGGGUCACCAACCCGAGAGCAGUAUUUCAGUGGCUGGCUUCGCGGCCAUGUGCUCGAGGUCCAUCUUCCUCCGUAGAGUCAGCUACUAGUUUCGAGCUGUGGUCAUGAGGGUACCCUCAGCGCUGCCUUGGUUCUCAUUUUUGUUCUCUUCCAAGUUUGGGAUGCCGAGCGCAACUGUGACGUUGCCCCACCGCGGCGAAGCCUCUCUCUGACCGGGAGCUGCAGUGGCUUGCCUGCGGCAAGCCCCCGGACGUGCUUCGGAGUUAUCUUAUUUCAUUUUUCUUUCCCUCCGAGCACUCGAGUCUUGAGUCACAUUCGACAGCGCGGUGGCGUAGUUUGUGCUAAGACGCGUGCCGCCCAGCAAGUAGAGGGCGCCGUCUCUCUUAAAUGUUCAUUCCUUUUUUUCUUUGUCGCUAUGCAAAGGGUCUUCUGAGCGGCGCCGGUGUCGCUCUUAACCGUUUGCAAUUCGCUCUUCCAAAGGUUCGCCGAAAGCCCCGUAAGGAGAAUCGCCGCGGUAUCCCCGCCAAUCGACGGACUAGCGGUGGCCAAAAUCCCAUAGUGAACGCCAGGCCAUCGUACGUGUCUCCUGGAAGCCCAAAAAAAAUUCACAACUGAUUUUGGCCUCUGUUGUCGCUGGAGGAGGCAGAAAGCAUUUUUAACCACGCCUACGUUGUGUUUGUAGGGAGGUGACACACGGCCGCCUGUCGGCAACGAUGGUCGCCCCGUUGAACCGGCAGCGCGGUGGAGAUUUGGAAGCGUGACAACGCUCAGCUGCAAUGCUGCUAAGCUCGCCCGCUGCACAAAUGCCGUUAAGGAAGGUGCGCCGCCGGCUAGGCGCGCCGUGCGAGACCACCCUGUGCACGCGCUGUGCGUCACUUCUUCUGCUGUUCUCUUUUUGUUCUCUGGCAACUCUGGCACAACAGACACAUUCCUCGUCGCGUCUGGAUCAUGCCGCGCCAUCUUGCAUAUUCAAGCGUUCACGCUUCGUUCUCAAUGCGCCUCAUGCGUGAAUGUCGACGGCUUCAAUUGCAUUGCUUUCUUUUCUUUGGGAAUGUGAAAGUCACAGUCCCUAGAUCUCCUCUGGUCCGAGUGCGCGCUGCAUAUCUCGUUUCUGCCAGGCCACCUUCGUAUCGCGAGCCAUGACAGGCCUUGAGGCCGAAGCGACCAAGCGCGUGGCCGUCCUCACGACCACAGCUUGCGUCUUCGAUUCGUCGUCUCAGGACACAAAAUCACGCCGCGUUAAUGCUUUACUCUUCCUCUCAGUUUAAAACAAUCGUUUCCGUAGAAGCAGUCACGUUGAGCCAUCAGUUGCCUUGUUGAUAAUUUCAUUUAUUGAGUUCCUUGUUUUGAGGCUAUCGCAGUUAGCUCGGAACACCAUUUUGGGACGCGAACACUGUACCGCACAUCGUCUUCUUGUCAGCUUUGACGCCACUGGGAGGGAGUGCUAGCAAGUGCAAUUGCGUGGUCAAAUGCGGCAACGUAAGUGUAGAUGUAUUACGAGUGCUGACUUUUUGUGCAAGAAUAAUGCCUCAUCUUUCAGCCAGAUAACUUCGGAGUGUGUGACAGCUGUACGCGUUUGUAACCAGAUGGGUGGCACUAGCUGCACGCCAAUAUCAAGACGUGCUUUAGUAGAGACUUGACUAAAAGAAAAAUAUCUGAAUGGCACGAGUACAAAAAUCUGAAAUACAGCAUGCUUAAUGCGUGGGUUAAAUUGACUAUGUAAUAGUAACAUGUUGUGUCUUGUUUGUGCUGCUGCGUAUUGCCCGGUUCUGUUAAUAAGUGAGCUCUGUGUAAAUUAAGGAUUGUGAGUUCUAUCUCUGGACACACUUUUUUUUUGUAAGCUGUAUGACCGGUUGGCAAACGCGUUUGUUUAAGAGACCGAGUGUUACGGGUAUGAGGUAACAUCCAAAUAGGACUGCCUGGCCAGUAAUCAACAAGAUGUAUUCUCAAGACGUGGAGCGACACGCCAACAUCCAGCUGUUGGCUGGCGCAGGAGAGCUACAGUAGACCGUGCACCAUGUUCAGGUGCGGUGUGCGUUUUUCUGUCGGCAUCAACUAGUCAUUUUUGCGCAUGUGCAAUAGCACGUAGCCGUCACCACGUACCGCGCCUGAACAUAUAAUCGGAUCCGCUGUGACCAUCCUGCAAACGUCAGCAAUUGGAACUGAGAAAAUUGAUUGGGGCGAGCACGAGAAGGUCAUUUGCACGGCACGAUGCUGAGCGGCCGUACUCCUCUUGAGCGAGUAAACUUUUGCUUUCGAGGCCGCAGCUUCUCAAAGUGCCUGUUCAGCGAAAUGAAUGGUUUGUGACCAGAGACUAUCCAGGGCUUGUGACUACACCCUUGGCAAUGCACUUGGUUGCUUGAGUUGUUAUUUUUGUUAUUGUUGUUGUUGUUAAUUUGCGGCUGGAUGAACAUUUAACACGGUUCUGCUGGCAACCUUCCAUUUGGGCUCUUUGAGGCUCUUGGGACCAGGGGCCGGAUUGUGGCGUGGUAAGACUGGGGGUCGUUGAUUGUUGCGUUUCAUCGGUAAUUUGUUUUUGUUCUACUGUGUUACGUUUCUGGGUGCGUGCGUACUACCGCGUGCUCGUCACAUCUGCUCCGAUGCAAACCUCGCUUCUUUAAGCCUUUGUUUUCUUCACCUGUGUCUUUUUUUUUCGUUUUUUUUUGUCAGUCGAACUACUGGGGGUACGAACUUUACGACAGGUGGGUAGAGCCAACAUGACGUGUCGUUCUUAAUCUGUCAUUUUUAUCCAAGUAAGCAAGCGUUUUGAGUAAGCAGUUGAAAUAAAGUACAUUCAAAUCAUUUGUUUUGCGGUGACUGCAAACCACUCAAAAAAGUUAUCAGUUUCUAUUCUUUUUGUUGUGUAUGCAGUAUCUGCAAUUUUAUGCCCAAUGAAUAAAAUUCCUUCGUCGUGUG